AUGUCAGAUAACAAUUUUUCACGGCGAGGAUUAAAUCCGAAUGCUCAGGCAUUUGUUCCAAAUCCUGGAGCUCGGCCAUUUGUUCCAGGACAGCCAUAUAUGUACAGUGGUCCUCCAUCGAUGUGUGGCCAACGUAUGCCAAUGUUCCCUGUAUACCAACAAAUGCCACCAAUGUUUCCUCCCCAAGUGAUGCUCAAUACCGCCCGUAUGCAUUAUAUGCAGCAACAGCAGUAUCGUCCUCCUCCAACACAGCAGCCGUUUAGCGAUCAGCAACAACCAGCCGAAGCUUGGGAUGAUGAGUUUCCAGAUAGCGAACCUCAAGAAUUAGGGUUAGAAGAGCCACGAGCAGCUGGAGAUAUAAAUAUUCCAACGAGGCCAGAACAAGAAGUUGAAUCGUCUGAAAAAGUAGAUGAAGAGAAGGAAGCGGUGGUUGAAUCCAAUAAUGAGGAAAAUUUCAAUGGUCUUGCUGCUAGGGAAGUCGGUGCAGGCGAUGAUAAAGCAGUUUUGGGACCCGAAUCGACGGAGAAAUUAGAAGAAGACGAAGUUGCUAGUUUAGCAACAAAGUUUAAGCGCUCUACCUUUGUCGACGAUGGAAGUCGGAAAGAGCAUAUUAUAAUUGUCUUCAUUGGCCAUGUGGAUGCAGGAAAGUCUACAAUAGGCGGACAUAUUAUGUACUUGACAGGGAUGGUUGAUAAGAGGACUCUUGAAAAGUACGAAAAGGAGGCAAAGGAUAAAGGACGAGAGUCUUGGUAUCUUUCUUGGGCUCUUGAUACAAAUGACGAAGAAAGAGAAAAAGGCAAAACAGUUGAGUGCGGAAGAGCUUAUUUUGAAACGGAACAUAAGCAUUUUACUAUUUUAGAUGCUCCAGGGCAUAAAUCCUUCGUGCCCAACAUGAUCAGUGGCGCAACUCAAGCAGAUCUCGCAGUUCUAGUAAUAAGUGCGCGGAAAGGAGAGUUUGAAACUGGAUUUGAUCGUGGUGGGCAAACUUGUGAACAUGCAAUGUUAGUGAAAACUGCAGGAGUGAAGCAUUUAGUUAUUCUUGUUAACAAAAUGGAUGACCCAACUGUCAACUGGGACGAAGAAAGGUUCAAAGAAAUUCAAAGUAAACUAACUCCUUUCUUGCGUAGAUGUGGCUUUAACCCAAAAUCUGACAUGUAUUAUAUACCAGUCUCCGGUCUCACCGGGGCUUUUAUAAAAGAACGCCCUUCAGCAGAGUUUGGUUCCUGGUACACAGGCCCUUGUCUUCUGGAUUAUCUGGACACCAUGCUCCCUCCCAUGAGCCGAACUUACGAUGGUCCUGUGCGCACCGUCAUUGCCGAUAAGUAUAGCGACAUGGGUACUAUAGUCAUCGGCAAAAUGGAGUCUGGUGUGAUUGGGAAAGGUGACACUGUCGUUGUUAUGCCAAACAGGACUAUUGUACAAGUCAUACAAUUGUGGUCUGAUGAAGAAGAAACUGAUAAAGUUAUUUCUGGUGAUAAUGUGAAGUUAAAGCUCAAAGGUAUUGAAGACGUCGACAUUUUAGCCGGGUUUGUACUUUGUUCCCCUGAGUCAUUGUGCCACGUCGGGAGGAUAUUUGAUGCUGAGGUACUUAUACUAGAACAUAAAUCAAUUAUUGCUUCCGGUUAUUCGUGUGUUUUGCACAUCCAGGCCGCUAUAGAAGAAGUUACUGUGCAGAGAGUUAUUUGUACCAUCGACAAAAAAAGUGGUGCGAAAGUUAAAGCACGGUUUGUAAAACAAGAUGAAAAGUGCAUUAUGCGUUUGGAGAGCGCUGAACCUUUUUGCCUGGAAGUUUUCAAAGACUUUCCUCAGAUGGGAAGAUUUAUGCUACGUGAUGAGGGUAAAACAAUUGCUAUUGGUAAAGUAGUUAAGAUCGUUGAGUGA